AACGCUCUGCGACAAAAAAUUCCGCGUAUUAUAACUUUGUCCAGACACGGCCAAAGAAAAAAAAACAUGAAACUAUAACAACUUGCCAAGAGCCAAACCAUGUAACUGGUUUCCCCUGAAAGUUUUUCUCUAAAACAAGUCUCAAAGAGUCUUAGUGUGGCGGAGUGAUACCAACGAAACAGUGAUACCUGGUUUUCGCGUUUGUUGGUAAAAAUCGAAACGAACCAGGAAAUGUCGCUGAUACGGUUUGUCAAAUAUUCGCUGACUAAUUUUCAAAAUGGAAAAUUACAAAAGUUGUUCGUUAAUGAACUACAUGCUGGGCCAUACUACAGUGUGUUGAAAGACAGAAAUAAGCUAGACAACUUGAAUAGCAGUAGAACUAGCGAUGAAGACAAAAAGGUAGAUUUUGGCUUUCAGACAGUGUCUGCCACUGAAAAGGCACAAAAGGUACAUCAAGUUUUUGAAAAUGUGGCCUCAAAAUAUGAUCUUAUGAAUGAUGUGAUGUCAGUUGGCAUACACAGAAUAUGGAAAGAUUACUUUGUAAAAAAAAUGUUUCCAUUACGCCCUGGAACAAAUAUUAUUGAUGUUGCUGGUGGAACUGGUGACAUUGCCUUUAGGAUGCUACAAGCCAUAGAAAGACAAAAUAAAAAGUACAAUAGCUCAGCUGAUGGUGCCAUUGGAAGUAGAAAAAACACAACCAUUUUGAUCAGUGACAUUAAUCAAGCCAUGCUGGACGUCGGCAAAAAACGUGCACUAAAGAUGAAUCUUCAAUCCGAUGACCUGAGUUGGUUAUGUGCCAAUGCACAAGAGUUGCCUUUAUCCGAAAACUCAUUUGACCUAUACACCAUAGCUUUUGGGAUUCGCAACGUUAUUGACGUUUCGAAAGCCUUGGAUGAAGCCUAUCGCGUACUACGACCUGGAGGAAGAUUUAUGUGCCUAGAAUUUAGUCACGUCAAAAAUCCGCUCUUAAAAUGGAUGUAUGACACAUAUUCCCUCCAAGUGAUCCCUCCGUUAGGAGAGGUGGUGGCAGGAGAUUGGAAAUCUUAUCAAUAUCUCGUUGAAAGUAUUCGAAAGUUCCCUACUCAGGAUGACUUUAAGAAUAUGAUUGAAGAGGCGGGAUUUCGUAGCGUUUGCUAUGAAAACUUGACAUUUGGUGUGGUGUCUAUACAUUCUGGUUAUAAAAUCUAAGAAAAAAUAAACAUUUCAGCUUUGUGUUAA